AUGGUAAAAAUGACCGUUCAAAAUGAACCCAAUAAAUCUACAAUUCCUUCAAAAGGGUUACGUGAUGAUUUAAUUCACAAAGUUGAAUUGAGUAAAACUCUUCCAGAAAUACCAAAUGAUCCAAAAUUAUUGGAAGUAUCAUGUAUUGGACUUGAUGCAUUAAGUGAAGUUACAUUUAAUAAAUUAAUUUAUGUUAGUAAACAAGAAUUAUUUAUGGAAAAUCAUCUUGGUAUAUUUGUUGAUUUGGUUGAUACAUCAAUUUUUGAAAAAAAUAAAAAUGAUGAAGAAAUGAAUCCAAUUGAUGCAUAUUUAUUAGAAGAUGAAAUUGAUGAAUCAAAACAAAAUCAAAAUAAAUCUGGUCAUAAUAUUUCUGUUCCAUGGAUGAGAAAAGCUGAGUAUAUUGCUAGUGAUUAUAAUCGACAUGGUGCAUCAUUAAAACAUAAAGCUCAUAGACUUGUUGAGAAGAAUGUUGGUGAAGCUGAACAAUAUUUAAAUAUUGAAAAUAGAAUAGAGGGUAUUGAAAAGACAUUUGAAGAUAUAUCUAUUUCAAUUGACAAACAUCCAUCAAGUAAAGAUAUAUAUAUGGUUGAGGAGUUAGAUAUUUUUCCAGACUAUGAAAAUUGGAAAAUACCUUUUGUUCAUGUUAAUUUUGAUAGAAAUCCAUUUAAUGAUGAUGAGAAGGAACUUUAUGAAGAGUUUACCAAUUGUUCAAUGUUAAGAGGAAAUACAGAUGAAGAAGGAUUACAAUAUUGUGAAUUUUUAGUUCCAAAAGAAAGCGAUCUCCCAAAAGUUAAGUAUGACAUAGAAAAAGGUAGAAAAAAUACACCUUUUGAUGCAACACCAUUUGAAUGUAUUAAAGAAUAUAAUUGGAAUAUUAAAAGUAAAACUAAUGAUGACGUUAGUGAACAGAAAGAAUACUUUUUAUCAGAACGUAAUGGUAAAAUUUAUUUCAAUGAAAUGGAUACAAGUGUUAAUUUAAAAUAUAAAGUAAAUAAAACUAAAGAUGGUAAGGAUAUUAAACGUAAAAAGAAAGAAUAUAAGCUUAUGCUUAUUGAUCCCACAAAUGAUGAACAGGAAAUGAUGUACAUACGUGAUAAUGAACUUCUUAACCCAUAUUCUAGAGAUGAUCAAGAGGUAAAUGAUGAAGAAAGUAAUUAG